AUGCCGCCCAAGCGCAAGCGCCCUCCACCAAAGCCCCGUCCGCCACCUGGUGGAUCACAGGUGGCUGACCCGGGACUAGAGGAAGAAAAGGAAGAAGAAGCCCCUCCACCGCCUCCCAAGAAGCCGGCCGCUCGUCAGAAGAAGGCGCCAGCAAAGCGGCGUUCCGGCGGCAAAAAGCGACGUGAUUCCUCCGAAGAUGAGGUCGAUGCGGACGACUAUGUCGAUUGGGCAAUCAAUUUUAUGGAAGAGGAUACUGUUCCACCAAUUGAUAGGUACAAUUUGCCCGGCCUGCUGGUCGACCCGCGCUUCGAUCCAAGUAAUGCACCCGGCCUCUUCAAGAUCAUGGAAGCGGCUGAGCUUACUAUGGAAUACUACAAUGAAUUUGGUAUCGGCCGUCCGUUAUUGUUUACGUGCCCGCCUUCUGAGCUGGGGAUGACAGUUCCUGACAAGUCAUUGACUGUCCAGAUGGUGGCCGAUAUGGUCGGUCGGAACCGCGCAAUAGACAUCAUCAGGGUGAAGGAUCAAGAGAGCGAAGUCUGGUCGCUGGGAAAAUUUGCCGACUAUUACGACCUACCGGAAGACGAGAAAGACCAGGUCUACAACGUUUUGUCGCUGGAAUUUCAGCUGACUCCACUCUACGACUUGGUGAAAAGCCCGGAACUCGUGCGCCAAAUCGACUGGACCGACAAGUAUUGGCCGGAUAAGCUGCGCGGACAAUCGGUUUCCUUCGACAAGAAGGGCCUCUAUCGUACACAUCACAGCUUUCCAAAAAUCGGAUACUACUGCCUAAUGUCACCAAAUAAGUCGUACACUGACUUCCACAUCGACUUUGGCGGAACAUCUGUAUGGUACCACGUGCUCAAGGGCGAAAAGAUCUUCUUCAUUGUCGAGCCUACCGAGCACAACAUAACCCUCUACGAAGAGUACCUCAAAAAUCAAUCGCAAUCUGGAUUUUUUGGCGAAGCCGUGGAUAAAUGUGUGCGUGUGACGGUGAAGGAAGGGAAUACAUUGAUCAUCCCCGCCGGCUGGAUUCACUCUGUCUACACCCCGGCUAAUUCUCUCGUUUUUGGAGGGAAUUUUCUUCACACGAUGAACGCGUCAAUGCAGGUCCGCGUGAUCCUCGGUGAAAGCCGGGUUCGGCUCGCCAACCGAUAUCGGUUCCCUUACAUCGAAGAGGUCUUCUUCUACUUUAUGGCAGACCUGGUAGAAAAGGCAACGGGACGACGUUACGCCAGACCGAUCCGCCGCCCUGCUCUCAAUUACGACUUCACCGGCAAGAAAUGGCUCGAGAAGAAAGGGCAUUUAAUUCCGAUAAAAGAAGGCAACUAUCCGGAAGUGGUCAUCUCCCAAGACGAGGACUCACAAGCUGAUGACUCGUCCACUGUUCGUCGCAUAGCCAUGCACAGCGACUCGUCUGCUGCUGCCAAUAAUGUGCUGGAAGAGUCACAUUUUGGAAUGGAGGAGGAAUCUCCGGAUGAUCCGGACGAAUCGCCCGAUCCGCUCGUCUACUACGACCCCGUGGACGAGGCUCCGGUGCUCGAACCUUCACUCCCUGCAAUCCAUCAGCUGCCAAUCGACGAGUCGUCGGAUGGCAAAAUUGUUUUCAAGGAUGAAUUCGUCCGGACCAUCACCCCGAAGGCUCUCUCCGAGCUGACCGUUUUGUGGGAGUACAUGUGCAACAAGGGACGCGUGACAGUGCCACUCGGUGUCACUCGCCCCGCCAGCUUGCUGAACUGCUUCGGCAAAGUUUUGGAGCACCGUCGCGACACUUGCAGCACCUAUGUGCCGCAGUGCCAAAUCCCUUGCAACACAUCUCGGCUACGCUCCAACGCCCGUCAGGCCCGGAAGCGGCUGGCCGAGAAGAUAGAAAGCCGCCGAUCUUCCACCGCGAGCCCCGUCCCAAGCGCUGAUUAUGUCCUCCCAGAUGAGCUCAGAAUUCCUGGCCCUUCCACGAUCAUUCCAGGGGCUGAUGGGACGACGGUCAUUGUGCCGAUGAAGGUUGAUGAUGAUGUGAAAGCCGAACAGGAGGAGGAGGAAGAGGAUAAUGUGAAAACGCCUGAAGACGUUCCCAAGUUCGAGGAAAAAGUUGAGGAAGAGCCGGUUGCGACUGAGUCGGUGGCGCCGUCCACUUCAUUUGAAGAGAACAUUACGGUCGACACCGAGCAGAAAAAGAUCAAAAAGGAAGACACGUCUGAGGCGACUCCGGCCCCGUUUGCGCCACUCAGCCCUCCUAUAGGCCGUAUCCCUCUGUUGAGCAAGCAGCGCGGCUCCAAAGACGAAAAGGAUUCGUCAAAAACUUCCGGCAGCAAAGAUAGUAAGGAAGCGCCGAAAGAAACGAAAAGUCCCACGGUUACCUCGCACCCUGAAACGUCAUCUGGAAAGGCUGAAGAUGAGGAGCGAAAGAAGGGAUGGCGCAAACCGCCCCCACGCAGACAGAAAGAGGAGCCGGUCGAAGCGGUCGAAGAGACGAUAAAAAAAGAAGAAGUCAAAGACGAUACGAACAAGGCUAAAGUUCAUCCUGGAGAGUCGGACGUCGAUCGCCGCAAGCGCCUGUUCCGCGAGGAAGAAUUGAAGAAGAUGAAAAAGAAUCGACCUUCGAUCUCGUUUGAUGAUGCUCUAAGAGGUACCGGCGGCUCGAGCAAAUCGAAGACCAAGCCCAAAAAGGACGACAAGCCGAAAUUCGUGGACGGCAUGCCGGUGCUCGCCUCAAAGGAGCUCCAAGAACAGCGCAACGAAUACAACAUGUUUCGACCACUCGACGCAAUUACGGCACUUGGGCAUACGCCGUUGGAGAGCGCCUAUAGGAAGAGCAAGAGCGCCAAGGUGCCCCUCAUCAAGCCGCAGUUGAACCAAAACAAGUAUUUGGCCCAUGGCAAAGAAAAUAGAUCUGGUUCGCGCGAGUCAACUGCCUGGCCGGGACUGGCCCCACUUGAGAUCACUGCGUCUUCAAGCCAGGAACCGGGAACAUCAUCACAAUCUCCCAUCAGCUCUACUCCAAGGCGACUUUCCGUCAGUUCGCCGGCCGCAGACCCGCGCACCGAAAGACGCCGCUCGACGGGAAGCCAAAAUUCGCCUCUGACUCGCCCGAUGACACCACGCUCGGAGGAGGCAACGCCGAUCGGAAACGAUCGUCGUCCAAGUUUCAUGCCGCCAUCCCGGCCCCUGAUCUCUCCAAUAGAUACCCCGCAAGCUCCAAAGCCAGAGCGGCCGGCCGCAGUCAAGAACCGAAAAGCUACGAAUUCACAGAGCAUUGACAACUCCGUGGCGCAAGCCGAUGAGCGGAUCGCCCAGAUGGCUGCCGCGUUGGUUCAGCUGGAGGCGAUCACACGCGAGAUGGCAAAGUUUGACGAAAUCGACGUC